AUGGCAGCGAUUGAACCGACAACGUCUCCGAGAUUCGUAACUUUAUUACGAGAUUCUUAUCUAGUUUAUGAAUUGUUUGCUUACGGCUUAAUGGGAGAAUACACGAAGAGCUAUCGGCCUAUGAAUUGUUAUGGGAGGUUAUUGAACACUACAUUGAAGAUUGGUGAUGGGAAAAUCAACGAGUUUGUACAGGCAAAUCGACAUUUCUUCGCCGCGGAGGUAUAUGGAAUUUUGUCCAGUGUAGUAGCACCCAGUAAUCUGAUUCACCUUAUCAAAAUUCUGGAGUUACUAUUGCUAUAUGAGGAUAAUGAAAUCAAUAAAGUGGAGCUGGUAAACUGCCUCAUGGGUUUGUUACUGAAUGAUCCGCCGUUACAAGAAAAGGAAUCAACUCAUGUCAAAGGCCUUUUAGUUAGCCUACUUGGGGGUCAGCCGCCUUGUACCAGUUUUCUAGUCUCACUACUGGACACCCCAACGUACACGCCUUUGCCGGACACGGACUACGAAGUGGUCCGAGGCUUAUUGUCAUUGCUUUUCGAUUGUGCCGAGGAUUGUGUCAACAUUCCCACGAUUUCGCAUCCUCCCACCGCCUCUCUGAUGGAUUGUCGGCGCAAACGGAGGAGGAUCUCUGCCCCUAACAGAUUUGCCCCUAACAGACUUGGCACACACAGACUUGCCAAGAACCGUGCACAGAAAACUUCUGAAAGAUCUCGCGCAACCCGAGCAGGUGCCGACCGAGCUCGGAACGGCAGGGGCGCUAGUACAGACUCCAGUAGGAGGUGGAGACGGCGACCGGAGACCCCAGAGACUAGCGCGGACACCACGGACGGCUUCGAGGUCUUGUCCAGCGACUGCUGUUACCUCUCAGAGAGCACUAACAGCCUCGUCCACAAGGAGGACUUCUUUUCCAGCGAGAGUGUCAACCCGUUCCUCAGUCGAGACAUCUCUCCCGAACGGAGUGAUCUCGCGGACGACCUGGACAAACCUGACCACAUCUGGGGCUUCGAUUCCUCAUCUUCCGCGGGGGGUGGCGAAACCGGCAUCGUCAUUGUCAACGGGCAACGACUCGCUGUGUGCCCACCCAGCGGCUCCCCGAACGUCCCAUUGCCUCUGGAACUACCUCCCCUGUCCCCUUUCGACUUAGACGGUUGCCUUAUAGUUAACGGACACCUCGUCGACGUCCUGGCCCAGGACAUCAACAACCAGAUGGCGGCGGCCGAAGACCCGGCGCUAACCCAAGACCCUGCCGCUGCCGGUGUUGGGCGUGUUGGGCGUCCAGAUAAGUCGGCAUCUCGCGAUUCGACAACCAGACGGGCUUCAAAGGACGCGAAAUCAUCUCCUGCGGACGGUCAAAUUCGAAUCAAUGACAAUGGUGGAGAACUGUCCGGUGCAGAACUGCCGGGUGGAGAAGUCCCCAGUGGAACAGAGAGGUCCGAAGAUGGAGAGAGCCCCACGUCAGAGGAAUCGACGAGAAGGGUUCCCCGCGCGGACGAUUCUGAGAAGACUCUGGGCAAGCGACGCAGCAGAGGGCGCCGUCGGAAACCGAGAAGUCGGCGACAGCAGAGCCGAAGGGCAGAGGAAGCCGAGGCAGUCCUUGCUCUCAAUUUUAAUGGCGGAUGCCUCAUCCUUAACGGCGUCCUUAUCGAAGAAGCUCUGGAGGCUCUGGCUCCAGAGGUUGUGGCGGUAGCUGAAGAGGCGGCGUGCGAAGAGGGGGCCGAAGAGACGGCGAUCGUGGCCGGGGAGGAUGGCGUGGUCGGCGAGAGCCGGGCUUCGUCGUCGCUGGCGGACCUGGACGUGCUGCCCUUCGGCGAGAUUUCGUCUACGGACGCGACGGAUGAGUUGGAGAUUCUCGAGGAGGACCGUCAUGACAUGGAGCUGUCCUCUUCGACCGGUUCGGAGGACCUGGAGGCGGGACCAGCGUUCUAUGUGGACGGCAGCUUGUACGAGGAGCGGCGCGCUCCCAGUUUGUGGCUGUACCUGCAGGCGAGUCUUUGUCAGCAGGGACUGCACACGUGUGUGCACGCGCGCGCGGGGAGCCCGAGGUGGGGUUUGCGGGUGAGCAAGCCGCGGAAAGUGCGGCUGCCCUCGGCUACGCUGGUGUCUUCGUCGAAUUCAGUGAAUAACUUGAGCGACUUGCUGAGGCGCCUGGCGGAGUCCUGCGUCCGAGUCGCGCCGCCGAACGCACUGCUGUCCAAAUUCCUAAGAGACAUGUAUCUAUGGCCAGCGAUCGCGCUGCUGCUAACGGGAGGAAUUACCUGGCGUUCCAUGGCCUCCCGGCGCGUGAACGGGCGACUGCGUACAUUACGCAGCAAGCCGGCGAAAGCUGACAAGCUGUACUGUUGCCGAUUAAGUCCGCCGGGAUUAAGCCCAUCGGAGCUGGAAUUGGAGGGAACUCAGACGCCGAUUGGGGAGCCAAUUGUCCGUCUAGAGAGUUUGCAGCUGAACCCGAAGCGCUUGGUCCUGGACGCGGAGGAGCAUAACAAGAGAUCUCGCGUGCUAGGGGGCGUUUGUUCGGGCAAGGGGCCGUCGCUGGACGCUACUUUGAAUGCUAUUGGCUUCGUCUCUUGCAGCACGCGUCUGAACAGCGACAACGAGGCCUUCUUGGCCCAGAGCUUGCCCUUGAUCGAUGGGCUCUUAAUUCAGGCAACCAUCAUAUAUGUGGACGGCAAAAAACGCAGACGGCCCUGCGUCCGAUGGAUGGACGGCCAACGAGUACUAGUAUCCAAAGUAGGCAGGCUAAUAGACUUCUGCCUCGCCAUCGUACUAAAGACAAUUGCCAACGCAAGACCCGGGGUCCGCUUCCCACGCCCGCUCCUACUCAACGCCCUCACCAAACUCCUCCUAGGCGACGUCUCCGUCGUCGUCCGAUCGCGCGCUCUCGAAAUUCUACGUCGGUGCUUUGUACUGAGUCAACGAAACAUGAAGACCACAAGCUGGCUAAUUGAGACUGAUGUGAUUCGUCUAUGUGGGUUAUUGAGUUCAUCAGAUAUGCCGUCGGACUUGAGUUGUUCCACUCUGUCUUUGCUGCAGGCCGUGGAUAAUUUGGCCGUGAUUCCGUGCGACACGGGAGCGCUUCUUAGGAAGAAUUUAUAUUUGAUUCCCAACUGGGAAGAGUUGCAGCGGAAAAUUGUUCACACAUUCAGACCGGCAUCAGCACAGCCCAUCACUGAGCGGAGGCCGCCAGUGGUGGACCAGCCUGCAGCUCUCCUCCAGCCCUCACCAUUACAGAUAUAUGCGAGGAAAUAG